AUGGAUUUUUCUGAGUAUACAAACGCUGUUUACAGUAGAAUCCAGAAACUAGAACCAGACAAUGCUACAAAGAUUAUAGGCUAUCUUCUUUUACAAGACUAUGGUGAGCAGGAGAUGGCUCGUUUGGCUAUGGCUCCAGAGCACUUGAUUCACCAAGUGAUAGUCAAAGCCAAGACUGAACUUCAGCAGUUGGCUGCCAAGUCAGUGGCAUCCCCAAUCUCACCUUCUUUGAACCCAGUAACAGGGGCUUUCGCUCCUUAUUUGCCCGUUUCGUCGAGGCCUUUCUCGUCUCCGGCAGCCAUUCGAGUCCCAACUGCCUUUUGGGAUGCGCAACUAGUUGCUAAACAAAGCCCAGAUUUUAUGCCAUUCGGUUACCCUGACUCUAUUGCAGAACUGCAAAACCAGGCUCAGUUUUUGAGUUUGGAGGAUCAAAUAGAACCACUCAAUUCUGGGAUUUCUGGAUUCUCUAAUGAUUACUACCGGGACGCUGAAAUAGACAACUUAAAUGUUAGAACUGGUAGACGAUUUUCAAGCGUGACAGAGUUUCCAGUUAAGAUUUGUCACUAUUUCAAUAAGGGAUUUUGUAAGCAUGGAAGUGGCUGUAGGUAUUACCACGGACAAGUGAUUCCUGAGAGCUUCUCUCAGAUGUAUGGCAAUGAUUGCAUUAAUGAUGAUCAUGUUAUCUCACCGGGGUCUCUUGAGAAGUUGGAGUGGGAAAUCACUGAGCUGCUUAGAUCAAGAAGAGGAAUUCCUAUUUCAAUUGCUUCUCUGCCAAUGAUGUAUUAUGACAAAUUUGGAAAAUCUCUUCAGGCAGAAGGCUACCUCACUGAAAGCCAGAGACAUGGCAAGGCUGGUUACAGCUUGACAAAGCUUCUUGCUCGACUGGGAAGCAGUAUUCGACUGAUUGACAGGCCUCACGGGCAGCAUGCAGUAAUUUUGGCUGAAGACUCUCCGAAAUACACAGAUCAUCGGAAUGAGAAAGGUGAUCCUGGUCCUAUUGUUAGCGGUUCGCGACAGAUAUAUCUAACAUUUCCAGCUGAGAGCACUUUCAGUGAAGAUGAUGUCUCAAACUACUUCAGUACCUUUGGCCCUGUUGAAGAUGUCAGGAUUCCCUGCCAACAGAAACGGAUGUUUGGGUUUGUUACCUUUGUCCAUGCCGAUACUGUGAAAAUGAUUUUGGCAAAAGGAAAUCCACAUUAUGUUUGUGGGUCUCGUGUUCUUGUGAAACCUUACAGGGAAAAAUCAAAGCUUGUUGACAGAAAGCACCAAGAGAGAAUGGAUCCUGCGGCAUAUUUUUCUUCACACCACGCAGACAUGGAAUCAGAUUUUUAUUCAAUGUCGGUAGGCUGUGACAACUCUAGAUUGUUGAGGAAGAAGCUUGUGGAAGAGCAAGAAUAUGCGAUUGAACUUGAGAGGAUAAGGCUGGCAGAGCUUCAUUUUGCACGAAAGCCUGUGGCUAAUCAUCCCCAUUCUAGUUACUUCAUGGAUGGGCACAAAUUCUCAGAAGAUAAUUUCAACUUCCCAUCUGCGGAAUGUUUCAAUUAUCUGUUUGAUGUUCUAAACAGUGGGUCUACAAGUGAUGAUAAACACAAGCAUAUAGACACCAAUUACACUGACCAUGAAAGCCAAGGACUUAAUCUCCCCGAUAGCCCAUUUGCAACUUCAGUAGCUAGUGGCAUUUCAGCAGUCAUAUAG